GCAGCAUCGGCCGAACCGAUACCGCUGCAACCCGAGUCUGAUGACGACGAGGCGUCGACUAUUCUCAACCCCUCCUUGAUGUUUAGCGAUCGGUCUGAUAUACUGGCUGUGUACCGGCAAGCCAGAGCAAACGAUGACGACGGAGCGAUAGCGGGUCCAUCGUAUCACCACCAUCGUCAGCAGGAAGAUGACCCUACAGCCCGAGAAUCAGCUGGGGGUGUAUCCGAUGGAUGCUCGACAGGAAGAGGAGGAGGAGGAGGAGCGUCUAAACGAGGAGCGAUUAGAAGCUAGACGCUUCGGCCUAUGGUUUCAAGAGCUGAUGGAGUGUGAUUCAGAUAUACAAACGGGCGGGGGAAGAACACGCAAUACACAGGGGAACGAGGCUUUCGGGGAUGUGCAACCCCCGGGAGGGGGGAUCAUCAUCACGCACGAUACAGCCCGUUAUUUCAAACGUUUUCAACUACGUGGUCGGGAGAUAACAUUGCGUAUCCGCCAACCUCACGCUGGCGCAAACGUGACAACAUGGCUUGAAGGACCAUUCCGUGAUCUUCUGACGCAUCUCACGAGUCACUGUGAGGGUGGUGACUACGCGGGGAUCUCGUUCUCCGCGAGCUGCUUAGCGCACGGCCCCGUCUGGCUUUCAUUCCGUCCUGUCCGCGCCUAUACAUUUGUAGAUAUCUGGCAAUUAAUAACAAACAUAGCUCAAAGUGCAGCGUCUCUGGAUAUUGAUGAUUCUUUCCAUAUAAAACCUAUCUUGAAUCUGCGUGGUGCUGUAGGCAGCUUAAACUUCUGCGCAAUCUGUAACGCCCGUUCUCGUCGGGAUCAUAGAUGUUUAAAAAAGAAAUGCCCUCGCUGCCUUCAAGCACCGCCCUGCGCUCUGGGCGCAGCUGCCGCGAUCAGAUGCGAGACAUGUAACCGCGAUUUUUUUGGGGAACAAUGUUUAGAAAAUCACAGGGCUAUUACCAUCCGUCGUAAACACAGGGUAAACACUGUUUGCGAGUCUCUUCAGCGGUGCCGUAAAUGCUUUCGGGCGAUAAGACCUAUAGAGAAAAAGACGCAUGUGUGCGGGGAGGGUUUCUGUAAAACGUGUAAAUCGCAGCAGCCCUAUAAUCACCUGUGCUAUAUGAGGCCUAUUCGCGUCGAUGAGAGGCCAAAAGAGAACAUAUUCAUAUUCUAUGAUUUUGAAACGCAGCAGUGUACCCCUGUAAAAGGUGAUUCUGCAACGCGCGUUCACGAACCGAAUCUUUGCGUAGCUCAACGUGUCUGCACCAAGUGCUGCGAUAAUGCUUCUAUAGACGAGCCGUGCGAGCAUUGCGGGGAUCACGAGUUUAUAUUUAGGACGAACCCUGUGUGUCAACUUGUGGAGUUAGCCAUACAGAGUAUGCCGGGCUUCUCUCACAUAUUUUUAAUAGCCCAUAACGCCGAUGGUUUCGACGCCCAGUUUAUCCUGCGCUACUUCAUCGAGGAGAAAAAAACGCAGCUCCCGUCUUUAAUAAUGAACGGCACUAAAAUCAUCACAAUGCGCGUUGGCAAACUCGUGUUUCUCGACAGCUUGAACUACUUUCACAUGCCUCUGAGCGCACUGCCUAAAUCUUUCGGUCUAAAAACUGCUCUCGCCAAAGGAUCUUUUCCGCAUCUGUUCAAUAGACCCGAGAAUCAAAAUUAUAUUGGGCCGAUGCCGCCCGCAGCCGAUUACUCUCCCGACACUAUGCGCCCGGAGGAACGCGAGCGUUUUUUUGCAUGGUAUAACGAGUUAAAGAAUGCCUCUUAUGUAUUUAACUUUUCAAACGAGCUCAUAACCUAUUGUAAAAACGACGUUACGAUAUUGAGACAGGCCUGUGUGGUUUUCCGGAAAAUGUUCAUGGACAGCGGACGCGUUUGCUCGUUUAGCGAAAACACAACAAUCGCGUCCGCCUGCUUUCAAAUCUGUCGAAAAAAUUUUUUAAAACCUAACACGAUCGGUAUUAUACCUACGGGUGGUUACAGAUGGGUUCACAAUCAGUCAAAAAAAGCGAUCUAUUGGCUCGUGUGGAUGGAGCAUUCUUUAAUUCGUCGUAUCAUUCACGCAGGUCGCUCGCGCGAGUUUAAAUUGCCUCAAAAUUUAUUAGUAGACGGUUACUACGAAACACCUGAUUCAACCCACGUGUUACAGUUUCACGGUUGCUAUUGGCACGGGUGCUUGAGCUGUUUCACUGUAAACAGAGACCGUGUACAAAGCGACGGUGAUACAUUGAACGAGCGUCUCGAGAGAACAAACGCUAUAUCGCAGAGAAUCCGCUCAAGCGGCUACACGUUAACCGAGAUUUGGGAGUGCGCGUAUGACGGGAUGAUAAAAACAGAUUUAGAGAUGAGCGCUUUUGUGAGUGAUCACCCUCUGGUUCGAGCGGAGCCUCUCAAUCCGCGCGAUGCUUUUUUCGGUGGUCGCACGGAAAACAUGGUCACUCUGUACGAUGUGAAAGACGGGGAGCAGAUACGAUAUGUUGACGUUUGCUCUUUGUACCCAUACAUCUGCAGGUACGGCAAAUAUCCGGUGGGCCAUCCAACGGUAUACGUCGGCGACGAGUGCAGGGCGCUGACAGGUCCCGAAAAUAAUAUCAGUCUUUCCCGCGUCGAGGGCCUUGUUAAAUGUACAGUGCUUCCACUGCAAAAUCUUUAUCAUCCGGUGCUGCCGGUGCGAAUGCAUCAGCGCCUGUUAUUCGGGUUAUGUCGUAGCUGCUGCGAAACAAUGAAUCAGGACGCGUGUCCUCAUGAAGACCCCGCGGAGCGUGUAUUUAGCGGUACUUGGGUGGUGGAUGAAUUGCGAAAAGCUAUUGCGUGCGGGUAUAAAAUAUUAACCGUGAGCGAGAUUUGGCAGUAUGAGAUAACGCAGUACAACCGCGAUACACAGGAGGGGGGCCUUUUCACCGGGUACAUAAACACUUUUCUUAAAAUCAAACAAGAGGCUAGCGGUUGGCCCGAGGGUUAUACAGGUGACGAGACUGCCCAAGAGCGUUAUAUAACUUCUUUUAAGACAGCCGGAGGGGUUCAGCUGGAGCGGGGUGCGGUAGCGAAAAACCCGGGGCUGCGCUCGGUAGCCAAACUUCGUCUUAACUCCUUUUGGGGUGAAUUUGGACAACGCGAAAAUUUACCACAAACAGAAAUAGUGUCGACACGCGAAAAACUUAUGGAGUUGCUAAACAGCCCCGAGCACGAGAUCACUGGUAUGCUACCUGUUAACAACCAGGUGCUGUAUGUUAAUUAUACGAAAACCGAUGAUGCUGUAAUACCGUCUAAUAUAGCAAAUACUGUCAUAGCUGCAUACACCACAGCCCAAGCCCGUUCAAAACUUUACACCUAUCUCGAACCGCUGGGUAAGCGUGCUCUGUACUGCGACACCGAUUCCGUUAUUUAUGUCACGAGAAAAGAGCCUGGAAAGUAUGAACCGCCAACGGGUCAAUUGCUAGGAGAUUUAACCGACGAGCUAAGCUGUUACGGCGAGGGCAGUUACAUUAAGUCUUUCAUUUCAGGCGGCCCUAAAUUUUAUUCUUUCAUAGUUAAUACGCCGAGCGGCGCGGAAAGCGAGGUUUGCAAGGUUAAAGGCAUAACGCUGAAUUACGCAAACAGCUCGCUGAUAAAUUACGAAUCAAUACGGUCAUUUAUAAUAGGUGAGAGAGAAAAUCCUGUUGUACUACAGUUUGAUUCAAUACGUCGUACACCGUUCCACCAGGUUGUCACACGACCCGAAAAGAAAUCGUGCAUGCCUCUGAGCGUCAAGCGAAGACGUGAUGGCGAAUACGGCUCGCUCCCUUACGGCUACAAAUAA